UGUUAUUCGUUGAGUUUUUAGUUGAUGAUUCGCGAAACGUCAAUGGCUGAAGCUGUUGAUCAUCUGAAGACCUUUACAUUUCUGUGUAAUCGUGCAAUUUGAUUUGAAAAAAAUGAGUAAGCUAGUAGGAUUAUCAGGCAUAAAGAGCCUGGAUCAGUUCAAAUCCUCGUUAGGAUCGUCAAGUUUGGGAGCUGCAAAAACAUUCCAGAUUUCUUCACGGCAACCUUCCUAUUCGAAUUCAUCAGGAAGUUUCGCCAAUUUGAAGCUCACUGCAGAGAAAUUGGUCAAAGAGCAAGCUUCGGCGAAAACAGAUCUGGACUUAGCGAAUUCUAAGCUGAAGAAAUUAUCAGAGCACAUUCUUACUUUGGAAGAAAAGUUGCAGAAUGCUUAUAAUGAAAAUGCAAAGCUUAAAGUGAAGCACAAAGAAGACGAGAAACUUUGGAGAGGACUAGAGUCAAAAUUCUCUUCUACAAAGACAUUAUGUGAUCAACUUACUAAAACCUUACAUCUUUUAGCUGAUCAGGUUCAGGAUGCUGAGAAAGACAAAGUCCUUUUCACAAAUAAGCUGUCUGAAACUUCAGUAGCUCUUGACAAUCUGCAUGGACAAUUGAAUUCUCUGUCUCUGAGGCUGGAAUCAUCACAAGAAACUAUUAGGACCCGUGACAAGGAGUUGAAGGAACUUGGUGUUGACAAGGAAAACGUAGAGAAAAAACUUAGAGAUGAACACUGCAAAGUUGUCAGUCUAACCGAUGAAAAAGAUAAUCUGAUCAAGAACUUUGAAGAAACUGUAACAGCUAAUGAAUCAACCAUAGAGAGUUUGAACUCUAAAGUGAGAGAGUUGCAACUUGAGCUAAGAUCAAAGGAAGGUAGGCUAAAUGACAUGCAUGACUUGAAUGAAAAAAAGGAGAGAGAGAAUACUGAUCUUAUAGCAAGUAACAAGAAUCUUGCAGAGAAUUUAGACAAAGCAAUGCAGGAGAUUGAGAGUCUAGAAAAUUUUGUGAAGUUGCUGACUGUUAAGCUGACAGAUUUGGAUAGACAAAGUCUAACCUUUUGGGAAAAGGUUAUUGAAGUCGAAGCUCUCUUUGCUUCGUGCUUUGAGUUGGUACAAGAGGAAAAUAAAUUUGCAACACAAAAGGCACAGCAGCAUUUUGAUCGACUUAACAAUAAGUUUUUAAUUAGGACAUCAGAAAAAGAUGCACUCCAGUUGGUCAAUCUAGAGUUGAAGAACAAGAUCAGUGAGCUCGAGAAUGAUCAAAAAUUCACAAUGGCCCAGCAUGCGGAAGAAUGUCACCUAGCGGAAGAGAAGGUUCGGAGGUUAGAAUCUGAAGCAGAAACUCUUCUUUCGAAGAAGGCUGAAACGGAUAACCUGAUUACCAAAUUGGAGGAUAAAAUUCGAUCUUUAUCUGAGACUUCUAGAUUAUCAGAGAUACAAAUGCAAGAUUUUCAGAAAAAGUAUUCACAAUCUGAAACCGAGAAUCAAGAGAGCAUCAGAAAUCUUCAAUCAGAGAUACAUAAAAAGGAAGAGGACAUAGAUGCUCUGAAAAUGGAGAUUGUAAAGCAUGAACAGCAUGUAGAUUCAGUGGAGAAACAACUUAAUGAGCUUCAUAGCUUACUACAGGAGAAGGAACAGGUUGUUUUGGAAUUUAAGGAAAGAGAGAAACUGCUGGAAGAUCAAAGAGCAGAGACUCAGAAGUUGCUGGUUGAAGCUGAAGGUAAUGUGGCAGACGCUAAGAAGCAAUACGAUCAGAUGUUAGAAAGUAAACAAUUAGAACUCUCGAGGCAUUUGAAGGAAAUUUCUCAGAAGAAUGAUCAGGCUAUUAAUGAUAUUCGAAGGAAGUAUGAAGUGGAGAAACAGGAAUGCUUGAAUCUUGAGAAAGAAAAGGCUGAAAAAGCAGUUAUAGAUAUGGAAAAGAAAUGUGACAAAAAGCUUUCAGAAUGUAAAGAGGAAUCAAAACAGCAACUGAUGCAGAUAGAGAGAGAACACACUGCUUUGGUGAAUAGAAUACGGGAAAAUGAUAAGACGGAAGAAAAUCUAAAAUCUAAUCAUUGUGAAGAGUUAAAAAGGGUGCAACUCCAGGCCGAGAAUGAAUUUAGAGAGAAAACAAAGUUGCUCAAGAAUCAACAUGAAGCUGAGUUAAGGGAAUUGAGGUCUCAACAUGAAGAGGAGUGUAGGCAUCUUGAAGAGGAGCUAAAUAUCCAGAAGAACAGGGAGGAGAGGCAGAGGGCUCUGUUGCAGUUGCAAUGGAAAGUAAUGGGCGAUGAGCCCCAAGAAGACCAAGAAGUGACCUCCAAAAAGGAUUCGCCCUACAUUAAUGUAACACAAUCACCAGUGUCAAACAUGUUGAAAAAAGCAGAGAAGACAAAAACAGGAAGUGUUAUUAGCAUUCCCAAGCAUAGUAAAAAGGUAACCCACCAUGAAUAUGAAGUUGAAACAUCCCAUGGUAGAACAAUCACAAAGCGCCGAAAGACCAAAAGUACAAUCAUGUUUCAGGAUCCAACAAAGAACAAGAGACGAACACCAAAAGCCAAUACCCCUAGAGAUGUUAUCAAGCGAAUUAAGGGAGGGAAUCAACAGAAUCCUCCGAAUAUAGGCGAUCUAUUCUCAGAAGGAUCAUUGAAUCCAUAUGCAGAUGAUCCUUAUGCAUUUGACUAGAGAGGUUCUUAUCUGGUUCUGCACCAGACAUGUAGCAGUAAGCAGAAGUUGUGGAUCUUCCAUUCAACCGGUGGUCUUGACUGCCGUAAUGAACCCCCUGCUGUUAAAUGACUAGUAAGCGCUUUCUUUGUACAAACUACUGACAUAUUGUAAUGGAGACGGUAAACGCAAUUCUGUAUGGGAACGGGAAUGUACAUAUAGUUACAAUUCAACUUUUUGAUAUCUGCCAAAAAUGCCACUAAUUGAUCCGAGGCAUCGGUAUAUAUUUCUGUAUAAUGUCCUUACUGCCAUGCUUCAUGUAUGCAACAUAUGA